UAUGAUGUCACAGUUAAAGUGCCAAUAACAUGACCAUGAAGAGAGUUAGAUUUUAGGGGUGUGUAUAAAUGAAAAAUGUAAAAAUCCAAGACCUUAUUGUAUUGGCUGUAAAGUUGAAUUUCAUAAAGGCCAUGAGAAUGAUUUAAAGUAAUAUGGGCAACUAUAGUCAUGGAUUGAUUAGUGCUUAAAGUCUUAUCAAAAUUUAAUAAAUUUUUAGGGAUUUAUUCUCUAAUUAUCUAAUUUAUUAAAUGAAACAAUGAAUCUUUUGAAUAGUUAGAAGGAUUAAGACAUUGACUCUAUGGGUAUCUCCAAAUUAGAAAAUUUUAUAAAGAAAUUAAUGGGACUUUAAUCAAUAGAAAAAGAAGUAAAUUUUUAAAUAAACAAUCUUACAAACGAAAUAAAUACUUUUAAAAGUCUUAUAAAAACUGCUCUAAAUUCAUUAAGUAUAAUUGAUAAUGAAAAUUUGGAAGAAAAAUCUUUAAAAAAAGAAUAAAUACAAAUAUAAAAUAUUAAACCAUUAAAAUAAGAUCUUUUAGUGUUCUCAGAAAAAUACAGGGCAAUUUAAAAUAUUUAAAUAUAAAAUAAUGGGAAAUAAGCAAGUGGAGUUGGAUAUGUUUUAUGUGAUUAUUUGAUUCCAAAAAAUGAAGAGACAAUUUUAAAAUUUAAAUUUGUGAGUGGAUUCAGCAUUGCCUUGGGAUUAUGCCAUUUAGAGAAGCCAAUAGAAUCAAAUUAUUAGGAUAAAUUAAAGAGUAUUGGUCAUGGGUAAUGAAUUUUCCUAAAUAGAUUAUAUUUAAUUUAAAGCAAUAGUAUGAGUUAUUCUCAUUUAGAUGCAUCAAUUAAUAAUAAAUCUUAUAAGAAAAUUAAGAUUUUUCUAGAAUCCAUUAUUAGUUUGAAGAUUUAAACAAAAUAAUAAUUGCUAACUUGGAUAAUUAAUAAUGAAGAAAUUUUUGUAAAAAAUAAUAAAUUAAUUAGACUAUGAAAAUUGAUACAACAAAAGAUUUAUAUCCAAUAAUAGACAUAUGUGGAGUUGUUGAAAUUGUAGAAGAUUAUUGA